GGACCCUCUCGAUGGGGCCCAGUAGUCUCUAGUCAUCAAUUCCUUCACGUUCCAAGAACCGUGACUUGAUUCUGAGAUAACAAGACCACUAUAAUUUUAACCAGUUACUCCCUACCUCCGUCGAGAUGAAGGCGGAGGUGUUCUGUCUGCUAAUUAUCUGUCUCGGCGCUGUAACCGCCUUGACGAGGAAACAGGAAGCACUCGAACAAAAUCGUCGGAAAGUGGCUGUACCAGCGUUACAGAAGAAGCAGCAGGCAGCAACAGAGGAGCAGGAAGAGUACGAGGACGAAGAAGUUUCGGAUCAAUGUCCGGAGCCCAACGGUUACUUUCCCGAUGCGGAACAAUGCGACAAGUACUACGACUGUCGGGAUGGGAAAGCUGUCGCGAAAUUAUGCGCGGACGGUCUCGUGUUUAACGAUUUCAGUCCUCAACACGAAAAGUGCGAUCUACCGUUCGGUAUCGAUUGCUCCAAAAGGCCAAAAUUACAGAAACCUCAACCGUCUCCGCAUUGUCCCCGCAUGCACGGCUACUUCGCCCACGAGGAUCCUCGAAUAUGUAACACGUUCUACUACUGCGUCGAAGGAAAGUUCAACAUGAUCACGUGUCCGGAUGGUCUGGUCUUUUCGGAAAAGACCGGUAUCUGCAAUUGGCCGGACGAGGCGCAGAAGAAGGGCUGCGGUUCCAGGGAAUUGUUCAAUUUCACGUGCCCGCAGGUUGACGAGUCUAUCGCCGCGACGCAUCCCCGAUAUCCCGACACCGAGGACUGCCAAUACUUUUAUGUUUGCGUGAACGGCGAGAUACCAAGGAGGAGCGGUUGCAAAUUGGGUCAAGCUUUUGACGAACGCACCGGAAAAUGCGAUUGGGCCAGGAAAAUACCCGAAUGCAAAGACUGGUACAAAGGACAACUGACGGACGAGGAAUUGGAUGCUUUGGAGAAUCCACCAACAAGACCGAAAUCUACUGGUGGACCUAGCAGACGAAAAGUCACCAAGCCACCAUCAUAGAUUUAAUGCAUAAAUACAUAGAUUUUAAUACUCACUGACUUAUACCACCUGGAUAAUAAAACGUUUUUAAUAUGAUCAUUUUUUAAAUAAAAGACUUCCAAAAUUA